AUGGCAUUUAGCGGACAACAGAUCACCAAUCAGAGACGCGAUUCAAUUGCAUCCGUAAUAAACCCUGUUGCCAUCCAUAUUGCCAAUGAAAAUGAUUUUCUUGAUGAAGAUGAUCUUACGGAGAAUGACACUGAAGAUGAAUUUGAAGCUUUAAACGUUGUUAGUAAUUCAUCAAGACUUUUACACAAACGUUUUACAUCAAGCUCAAAUCUUGAAAAUAUACAUCAAAAUACUUCAUUAUGGAUUCUUGAAGAGUAUGAUCAGGUUAAACUUAUCGUAGACAAGAUACAUGCCGAAGAUGUUAAAACAGAACUUCAAAGACGUUUAUCAAGUCAAGACAUCCGAUGGACGGCGAACGACGACGAGCAAACUCGUUCAUGGCACUUUGGUCUAUCAUUCGUACGCUUCCAACUGGAACGUUUGUAUCUGAUUGAUAUAAUGAGACUUACUUUUAUCCGGUCUUUUCCUUUUUGGCUCAGAUUCAAAAAUAGCAUGCAGCAACAACGACGUGUCAAAUCAAAUUCUGAACGUAUUAAGCCGAUUCGAUAUGGAUAUUUGCCACCUUAUCGUGUUUUCCUUCGUUAUGGUGCACUAACCAAACUCAAUGAAUUUCACUAUUCUUUAGAACAUUCAUGGUCAAACCAACCGAAAACCAGAUGGUCACUCUUUAUAAAGAAUGAUUAUUUUGGAGGAUGCAUUGAAUGGGUGAUGGAAGAACCUAGAGAACGAAAAAAGAAACAAUUGUUAGCAACUAAUAUUGAUCGAACCAUCAUCUUUCAUUUGUUACCAGAUGGAUUUGCAAUGUAUAUUUGUCAGACGUGUAACAUGAAUGAAUAUAGAGCAAAAUCCAUCUUUAAUAAUGUCGUCAGAAGACAGUGUCGUCCGCAAAAUUCUCCUCGUCGUUCGGGUCCAAUGCGUCCUGCAUUUGCAGAUGAUCAACUACCGCAAAGAUUCUCUUACGAAAAAGAUAAACGUUCAAGCAUCCGUAAUGGACUCUAUUUUCCGACUGUUCAAUUUGAACUACGUAUAGAUCCAGACCAUUUAACGAAAGAAAAUGCUCAAAAGACGGUUCGACAAACAUAUAAAUUGCUGACUAACUUUUUUACUUCACACAAUAUCUCCAUUUGUCAUGGUAUGAUUGACGCACGCCAAGGCCCACAAGUUAAUUCGUUUCCUACUCUAAAAUUACCUACUCUUAUCAUGCAAUAUUCAUGGCAAAUGCUUUUGAAUAUCGGCUAUCGUUUACAAGUUCAAAUGGAUCAACAAUUUCGUGAUGAUCUAUGUCAAUUGAGUAGAGAAAAAAUAAAUGCUGAUGAUCUAUUUUAUCGUGUGUGUGUUUAUCUUUCGCGUCUAUUUACACUUGAACCUUUCGUCAAUUUGUCAGAAAAAUUAUAUGAUGCUGUAAUAGAAUCAAAACGUAAACGAGAAGAAAGUGCUUUUGGAUUGAUCAAUAGUUUGGAUUCAGAAUGCAACACAGAAACUUAUGUACCAUCAGUUGCAUUGACACCGACAACCAUUCGAAUAAAACCAUUGAAAUUGUGUCGAACGAAUCGAGUUCUUCGAGCGGAACAAGAAUUUGGCAAAGCAUUGGAGCAUUUUGUUCUUGUCAAUAUUUGUGAUGAAAAUGGUCAACGAUUACAAUCGUUUCAUUUUCGAGAUUUACGUCAUCUUUUUCUGGACUAUUUACAAAAUGGUUUUACUCUAAUGGAUACUAAUCGAUUUUAUCGAUACUUACAUCAUUCAAAAUCACAAUUACGUACCAAUCAAUUUUGGUUUUAUUAUCAUCAACCAGGCUUAAAUCGGUCAUUUGACGAAGCUUAUAAUUGGAUGGGGAAUUUUGACAAAGAACGGAACGUAGCAAAAUAUGCUUCUCGUGUAGCUUUGUGUUUUUCAACAACGACUCCUACUAUUAAUAUAGAUGACAAAAAUGUUCACAAAAUAAACGACAUCAUGACAGCAGAUAGAAAAUUAGCAUUCACAGAUGGAUGUGGUACUAUGUCAGAACAAUUGAGAGAUGAUAUACAAAAACAACUUGGUAAGCGACCCUUCAGUGUCGUUCAGUUUCGAUUUGCAGGUGCUAAAGGUGUUGUUAGUGUCGAUCCACUUCUGGGAUUAGGUCAUCAUCUAUGUAUUCGUCCUAGUAUGAACAAAUUCGAGAGUAAACAUCGAUGUUUCGAAGUAUGUAAAAUUUCUGCACCUCGAUCACUCUAUCUCAACCGACAAGCCAUUCUUCUUCUAUCUUAUCGACGGAUAUCCGAUAAUGUAUUUCUUAUUCUUCAACAACGUAAUCAUUUGACGCUUAUUCGAGCUCUAUUAAGAAACAAUGAUGCCAAAAAUUUGCUUGACGAAAAACUACCAUACUGGUUUUUGCCAUAUGAUGUAAAGAUUGAUUUUGUUCGCGAACCAUUCUUUCAACAACUAGUAAUAGCUGCAUGUCUUAUUUCAAUACGAGAACUACUUCGACGAACACGUAUUCGUGUUCCACGCAACAAAGCUCGAAAUAUGUUUGGUAUUAUAGACGAGUACAAUGUGUUAAAAUCUGAUGAAGUUUUUAUUCAAUACACUCGACUUAAUGAUCAUGAAGAUAAAGACGACCAUGGCAAGCAUCAAAAUACAAGAACUCUUCACAAUUGCAAGGUUGUUAUCACAAAAAAUCCUUGCCAUCAUCCGGGAGAUAUUCGAACAUUUACUGCCGUCGAUCAUGAAGCAUUAAAACAUCUCAGAGAUGUUAUUGUCUUUUCUCAGCAAGGUGAUUGUCCAGCAUCACAUCAAAUCAGUGGAUCUGAUCUUGAUGGUGAUGAAUAUGCAGUGAUAUGGCAUCAAGAUCUUGUUCCAGGUCAAACUCCCAAUGCUCCAUCCUACGACUACGAUUCACAAACACUACCUGCAGCACUUGAUCGACCUGUGGAUAGAAAUGAUAUAAAUAAUGUUGUAUUGCGAAUAGCCGAGAGUGAUUUUUUAGGACAAUUGUCAAAUUUACAUUUGGCAUAUGCCGAUCGUUACGGUGUAGACAGUAACGAAAGACCGGAGAAAGAUGUUUUAUCAACAAUCGAACUAGCUGGAGUAAUUAGUCAAGAAGUCGAUAGUGGAACAACUGGACAACAUCCAUUAGAUGAUAAUCAGAUAAUGAAACAAAGAAAAGCAUUGAGGGAUGAACGACCAGAUUUUAUGGAGAAUGCCAAUAUGAAAUCAUAUCCAUCGAAAAAAAUACUUGGAAAACUCUAUCGUUCAUCACGUCGAAUGUUACCUGGAUGGAAUCGACUUCUUCGACGACAUAGUCAUUUACGUCAUUUACAAGUUCGAACUCCUGAAGAUGAUGAAAUAGACUAUGAAGAAGAGCAGGAUGAAAAUGCUGACGAUAGUCAAAAAAACAUGAUUACAUUAGAUUUGUCUCUACUUAAUACAAAUCCAUCCAGGCAAGAUCAGGAAAUAUCAGCAAUCGCAUUUCAAUUAUUUUAUGUCUAUCGGCAAGAAAUGCUUGAAAUUCUAAAUUUAUAUGGGCUUUCACAUGAAAGCGAUUUAUGGUGUCGAAAAUCAACGAAUACUACUGGUGGAGAACUUGAAGACACAGCUUAUACUCAACUCGAACAACUCGUUGUACGUACACGUAAUGCUUUCUUCUUACGCUUAGUAUCUUUCUGUCCGGACAAUGGAAAUAUGUGUAAUGAAAAUACAGCUUUCGAAAACUUAUGUCCAGAAUGCCAAAAAAUGCACAAUGCUGUAGCUGCUGCAUUGUAUCGAGAAUGUUAUAGUGGACAAAAUGGAUCGGAACGCGCACCAAUUCUAAGUUUACCAUGGUUAUUUACUGCAGCACUUAUAAAGACACGUCAAAGAGAAUUACCAUCAUUGCAAGGUUUGCUUAGUGUGGCGAUGAAAGCUGCACUCCACGAUAUGAUUAAUAAACAUUUAUUACAGUUAGGAGGACUAACAGUGAUAUUUCGAACAUCGAACAAUUAUCGAAUCGAAGCAAGUGUACAUUGGACUGUUUGUGUUUUUGUUGAAAUUCUUCACUAUUGUCUCAAAUCAAAGUAUUUUUCUUCAUGGCCAAUGAUCCUUAGUCAAUUCAUACGUAAAACAUCUUCCUUGCAACAGCACAAUGCAAUGGAUGAAUGGUCAUUGGUCUUUGAUGAUGGAAAAGAGAACAAUUUGUAUGCUGGCAUACUCAUAUCGAUGGAAUGGACCGAGAAAGACGAUGAAUUAAUGCAUUCAUAUUUUGUUCAAUUACUCGAAAUUUGCUUUGAUCUUGGUCAAAGCAUGAUCGAUGAUAACAAUGAGUAUCUUCGAAUCAGUGAAGAAAUCAUUCUUAUACUCCAACGAGUGGCGAUCGACGAAACUCCAUGGCCGGAAAAUCGCAGAGAAUGCGAUUGA